AUGUCGCAGCCAACGGUAGCGUCUUACUUUAACACCCGCAAACGUGCGGCGUACGAUGCACUUGGCGGUGGCGUAGGAAGAAAUAAGGUACUGGUACUGGAAAACUCUACAGCGCAUAAAAUUGGAAACUUGACGAACAGUUCGCAGAACUCGGAUCACGAAGACCUACGCUUCGUACUUGCUAACGAUAAUAACUUUACUUUGAAGAGCAUCGACACCGUCGGAAAAGAUAAUGAGGGCGGCGCCAGCGCUAACCCCGAUCCGGCGGAGAUGGGACGCCGUAUUACGAGGGCAUCAAGGGCCAUCAAAAGGAUUGGUCCGGUCGAGCUGGAUGAGAAAACCAAAACCCUACUAUCGUCGGCCCAACCGAAGCUGGUGUCUUUCAUAAAGAAGGGCAAUUUGUCGCCGCAAAAACGCGUCCACACGGCCAGCCCCUCAAAGCAUCCCGUCAUACCGGAGAAGAAGCUAGCAUCUCCGAAAAAGGUCGAUAAUGCUGGUACUCCCGGUAGCGCUCCUGCUGCGGUCGAGUUUUCUCCCAGAAACAGCUUAAACAAUGUGGCCAAGGCACCCACAAAGGCCACCGUCACUAAAACGCUUCAGCUGGGAAAGGACAAGGAUUCCAUGUCACUUGCUGAUAUUCGUAGCAAGCUGCUUCAACAUCCUCGCCUGCCGGAGCUAAAAACAAAGCUUAACAGCAUUCAAAGCGGCUUGGAUAAAAUAGACCGUCGUCGAAUGGAGCGUCUGGAAGGGAAAAAGCCUGCAGUCUCGCCGAUUGUGGCGGCGAAAAAUCUACAGCAAUUUUCAACCCUUGAUUUGGAGGUGAUGGUGAGCCCAAAGAAAACAGCUAUCUCUCCUUCGAAGUUGCUUCGCACACCAACGAAAGAUGCAUCCAACUCUUUGUCCCCAUCGAAGAAUGUAACACCCAAGCGCAUAUCGGCGCUUAUGAGCCCGAUAAAGGAUCCGUCGGUGGGUACACCCAUUACGGCUAGUCCGAAAAAGUUACCAGCAUAUCAGCGCUUCCACAACCUGGUCGAAGCGGGCACUCCCACAUUGCACUUGCCGUUCAAGUACCGAUCACUGUUGGAGCUGUUCAAGUGCACUGACACGGUCUGCUCCAUGUUUCAUAAUCGCAAGGAGCAGAUCACUUUCAAAAAGCUCAAACCAGCUGUUCAGCGGAUGGCACGGAAGAACUUUUACGAGUCACACCUCGCACAAAUUCAAUCCCUCUUCCCGAAUGCAUUUACGCUAAGCCAGGAAAUGACAAAGAACUACGGAUCGGCUACAAAAUACGAAACGUACCAGCUAGUGAUAAGACCCAAUAUGGAGGAAGGUGCAGUAGAUCAAACGAAGAAAUCCCCGGAAAGCGAUUUCCUACGUACCAUCCCGAAGCAGUCCGUAAAUCCACAGGUGUUGAUGGAACGUUCGCAGCAUUUUCGCCAUCUGCUGUUAGAAAAAACGAAGGACGCUCAUGAAGCCUUUCUGCAAACUUUGGAUCCACCGUUGAACAUUGCGCGCAAUAAGAUCGUCCGCUGGCAUGCUGAUUUUGAUCUGGAAAGCUGUCCCGACAUAGAGAAAGCGGAGCUACCGCAGCCACCAAAUGUGGAGAAGUUCUCCUCCGCCAAGGAGGUGCUGUCCACGGCAAGAAACCUUUUCAGCUGUGGCACCGCAAUGGAGCGUGCACUGGCACGUUUGGAGCAGAAAAAGAAGCAAGAUACUACGACAACAGCGUCAUCUACCGUCACGACACUUGCUGCCGCCGAGAAUAAACAUCUGGUCGAAAUUAAGGAGGAGAAUACUGGCACCAGCAACACCCCUAUUGUUCCUACAGCGAACCCGAAAGAUCCUGCGGAGCAUCUUCUUAGAAACGUUCCAAAAGCAUUGCUAGAAAAGAUACGCGCAAAGCAAGCGGCCAAAGCGCUGGAUCAGAUGACUAGACGUCCGUCACAGGAAAAGGAAGCGAUGAAGUACAGCCGUUUGCCGGAGAUUGCUCGACACUUGCGGAACGUUUUUGUGACGGAACGGAAGAACGUGCUACCUCUCGAAACGCCAGUAGUGAAAAUCGAAAACAGUUACCGUGGUAAACUGACGCUACAGGAACUGGAAGAGCAUAUCCGAAUGAUAGCCCAGUUGGUUCCGUUUUGGUUAUCGCUACCGGAGGUUCGAAAGGUGAAAUACGCUAAAAUUGCUAAAGACUGCGAUCUAUCCAAAGUUCUGGAUGUGCUGGAGCGAAAGGCUAAUGAAGCGGUACAGUAG